UUCGGAUUUUUCCGCUUAAUAGUUAAAAUCUUGGAUUCGUGAACUAAAUUUAUUAGUUAUUACCUAUACUUAUAUAUUACGCUUUUUAAACUUGUUCACAUUAAUAUUUAUUACAUAUACCUAGUGGCUUACGGAACACAUUUAUCGCCAUCUGUCCAAUGGCACCUAUGCCAAUAAUGCUAACUAUUGUCUUCCAGUACGGACAAUUUUACACUAAAAACAUAUAAGUAUCAUGGUUCUUGUCUUGUCCAAAAAAUAUAUUUAUAAUUAAAUUCACAUCGUUAACCCAUACACCUUUACAGCUGUUGCUUACAAGAACUGGUAAUUUAGUUGAGCUUAUGAAACAAAAAAUUAUGAAAUUAUAUUACUGUAUUGUCUAUAGUUCAAUAUAAAUUAAUAUUUUGACCCUAUUACAUACUUCUCGCCUUAUACUUUUUCGUAUAAACUAAUUCGGUACAUGCUGUUGGUCUCUUUAUUAAGGACAACAUCAUUUUUCUCCUCUCUAUAAUAAAUUUGAAAUUAGUUAUCCCGCUAGAAAUCUUUACAAUAAAUGUAUAGAUAGAAUACACUGUUAGACGCGCGCAACUGCGCAUAUCUGUUAUUAUUGAUUCACAAGCGCUUUUGACGGGUCGCUGAGCCCCUGACUGGACCUUUCGGCGCAAUUGUGUUGAAAGUGUCCAUCAUUACUUCAGCUGAAACACUUAUAAAAAUACUUUUUAUAGCUGCUGACCAUCGCAAAGAUGACUUCGAAUUUUAGCCAGAACGCAAUUUUAUUUGGGACUUUGCAGUCGUACUGCCUUGUCUGCGAAUGCUACCUCGCAGGCAAACGAGACACUAUACGGCACAUUUCAAAGGAUGACCAUAAAACAAAUCUGGAAGCUAGCAUUUUCGUGGAGGAAUUUACAACUGAUCAAAUAAGAAAGGUUAAAAAGGGAUUCUUCUGUGAGCUGUGCAAUAAAUACUUUUCAACCAUAAUACAAGGACGGCUCCACGUAUCGGAUGGUGAACACGUCCGUAAUAAGGGCGUCCAACUAUUCCAGCGGAUGGAAAAUGGUAUGGUCAGCUACAAAAACAUACCUAUCACGAAAGAAGCAUGGAAUGGGAUCAUUGAAAACAAGUGCAUAAUCUGCGACACAGAAUUUGAUUCUCUGGAGAGUCACAUAACUAGCCAAGAACAUCUUUUUCAGUUGGUACAGGUAGAUGUGGAGUUUGGUGCUUACAACGGACUCUACAGAGUGUUGGAAAACGCGUUUCAAUGCUUAACAUGCAACGAAGUUUAUACACCAGUAAAUACGAAUGUUGAAGCAAGUGCAACAACGCAUUUCUUAGAGUCUAAACAUAAAAGGAUUUAUGACAAAUUAGCGAAAGCUGCAAACGAACAGUUACAAGUUAACGACAAACGUACGAAUAAAGGAAAAUCACGUGGUUUAAAUGCGAAGAAUGCUUUAAGCCGCCAGCUGUCAUCUGAUUCGUCCCUUGCAAAUGAAGAUGACAACGACGACGGAAUCAAGAUGCUGUCCAUCGAGAAAUUCAUCAAUGAUUUUUAUGCGAUCAAGGGCACAUCUCUGGGCGGCAAAGAUGUUGUCAUAAACACAAAAAUAAUUGUGGGGCUCUCAAGCUUUUAUUGCAUAACGAAAUUGGAUACUUGGAAAUGUGAGAUCUGUGACCUCACUUUAAACUCUGAUGAUAUUGACGCCCAUAGACUCUCUCAGAAACAUGAAGCUGCAAUGAGUGACACUCCAGUCAUAUUAAUACAGGCUGCGGGAAAUGAAUUUAUCAGAGAGGUACGUCCCGAAGUUUACCACUGUGGCUUUUGCAACAUCGUCGAACAAGGCAUGGACACCAUCUUAAAGCACUUGAAUACCGCAGAUCACAAGCAAAGCAGGAUAUCUGCAGCUUGGCGUCUCCACGAGCACAUGCUGGUUAAGAAAUUGGAAUAAAGCAAAGUCAUGAGCUAUUCUGAUACUUUUCAAAAAUAUGACUAUAGAAUAGGUUAAAAAUCAGCUGCUAAGGACGACGAAGGAUGCCGGUUUAUGGAUAAAUUAAUGCGAAACUAUUUAAUAUUCUUAUUAAUUUUCAAUAGUAAUGAUACUCAAAGUAGUUACUAGUCGUGAGAACGCAUAGUUGAAUGGUGUUGUUAUUUCAUAUACCUACGUCGCAUAGUCAUUUCAUAGAUAUUUACAUUUUCGUGACGCUCAUAGAAAUAAAAAAUAAAACAUUGUAAUCACACAGCAAAUAUUACGGUAGAUUGUAAUGAUGCAUAAUCUUUUUUAAGGUAUGUCUAAAACUUAUUCAAACGUAUUUAAAUGUAUUUUAAAUUUAUGUAAUUGAAUUAGAAACAUUCAUAUUAUAAUCUCUCAUAAUACCCAUAGCAACCUUUUAUGUCAGAAUAGGGUUAGUAAUAAGACUCUGUAACACCACAGCUUCGAAAAAAAUCGCAUAAUUUCCUUCACCCGUCCUACCUUUCCUCUGUAUCUCUCAACUGAAUAUCAACUGAAAGCCGUAAUUUCAUCGUAUUAAUAGUUUUGAUUUAAAAUAUUAGAGUAGCAUUCGAUUUUGUAUUCAAUGUCUUUCAAGUAGUAGAUUGUACAUGUCUUUCUUAAUAAAUGGAACUCAUAAUUAAAAAGUAGCAAUUGUACUUACUCUCUUGGAUCUUAAUGUUUUAUCUAAUUAUUAGGAGACUACUUAGAAUAUCAGUAGCAGUAGUUUUGAAUUGUAACGAUAUGACCUAUAAAUGUCUGUAACGCCAUAUUUAAUAGCGCAGUUUUAAAAAUAAAAUUUUGAUUAAUACAA